UCACGAUAUAAGAUCCUCAUUAUAAUCUCUCUCCUGCUCUCACUUCUUUCUUCACUCACUUACCUCAUUCACUCCAAAUACACCUCACAUUCACUCUUUCACCUCUUCGCCUUUUCAUCGCAAUAAUACUCCCUCACCCGACUUUUGGUCACUUACAUUCGUUUCUCGUAAACAAAACAAAUCCAAACUCUCAAAUAAUCCAACCAUAAUCCACCACUUAUUCCUUAAUAAUAUCAAUCGAAAUCUUUCAAGAUGCAAUUCUCUACCGUCGCCAUGAUCUCUGCUCUCGCAGUCUCCGCCUCCGCCUACGGAAACUCCAGCAUCGCUGCCGUCUGGGUUACUGAUGUCGUUACUUCCUUCGUCACCGUCUGCCCAGCUGCAACCAGUUUCUCCUUCAACGGUGUAACUUACACUGCCACCGAGAGUGAGACGGUCACCAUCACCAACUGCCCAUGUACAAUCUCCAAGCCAGUUUACACCACCUCUUCCGUCAUCUGCAACACCUGCACUGCCGCCCCAACUGCUCCAGUUAGCUCUGCUGCCAUCAGCUCUGCCCCCGCCUGGGGUAACAACACUGCACCAGCAGCAACCGGUGGCGUUACCACCAGCAAGGGAUCAUCCGUCGGAACCACCUCUGCCCCAGCCGGAUCCAGCCCAUCUGCUUCCACCACCGCACCCAUCGUUGUAUCCAACAACGGAAACCGCGCCAUGGCACUCUCUGGUGCCAGCCUUGCUGGUCUCCUCGGUGUUGCUGCUUACAUCUUGUAAGAAGUCCAUUUCAAAGAAACACGAAUCUCCACUUUGCAUUUUUUCCCUCGCAUAGUUCGUUUCGUUCAUGGAUGUGAAGAUAUACCUAGUAUCUUCCGACAGAUAAACAAUCGACCAUUCCUGACUGCGCAUCGAAUCCUUUGCAAGAACUGGACGACAUCGCAAUCUGGAAAUGAAGGAAAGGAGAUUUUUCAGUCGAGGGGGAAUGGAAAUGGGUACAAAAUAAUUCAUAUGGAUUGAGUGAGUGAUGCCAAUCACAUAACGAUGGUGUUUUUAUUUUUUCAACUUAGCAUUUGAGGAUUGGUUUGGAAGGAAUGGGAUGGAAGGUACUUUUUAAUUUUAAAUUCAUGACUACAAUUUUCUCGCUCGAAAUGAGAUACCUACAUACCUACCUACUAUUUAAACUACCUAUCUUUCUUGUCUUGGCUGUGUAUUGUAAUGGAUUGUGCUUGCUGAUUUGUGCUUGCUGAUAUGUGGUGAGGAGAGGAGAGG